AUGGCUACAACGUCCCCCUCACUAACUGAUAACCUGGAUGGCUCAGAGAAAACAACUAUAAUCAUAUCUAAUUUGCACAAAGAUGACUUUGUUAGUGAUCAUAAGUCCAUGACCAGCAAGAUGUCUUUUGCUGACCAAAUCAAGUUGAGUAUCUUAAAUUUGCCCACACCUGCAAAUGUGUCGUAUGGAGAAGAUUAUUAUUUAAAUAUGAUUGAGCAGUGGUCGAAUUUGCCGUUUUUAAAUCGUAUCAUUAUCAUCAUGAAAAAUGAGGAUCUGGCAAAGCUGCUCCACAAAUCCUUGACUCAAGGAACACUUUUGCCGCAGCACACCAAAAUAUCGUUACAAGAGAACUUGAUCACAAAAUCCAAAUCGUUUGAUUCAUUGAUUGGUGGUAGUCAUGACUCAUUAUCAGUUACCAAUAGAUUAUCCAACUUUAAACAAUUUCACAAUGAACCAUCCAAUGCAUCAGAAGAAUACGCGGAACCCGAACCAAAACUGUUUAACGCUUAUGCAGAUUUAAGUAAGAUGGGAAUCGAUUUAUCAGAUUAUAAUGAUGAUGAUCAGAUGCAAGAAUUAAUAGAAGACUCGCAAGGCAGUGGGAACCUUAAAAGAACAAGAUCUUUAACUAAGACGCUUUUUAAGCCCGAGUUAAAAGUCAAUACGCAAACUGCUAAUACGCAAACUUCACGUAAUUCGAACAUAUUACCGAGCCCUACUAUAACACUAGAUGAAACAUUUUAA